AAAUCAAGGGCGAUUGCUAAAUUAGCCCUUGGGUUCAACGGUUCAAUCCGUAAAAUAUAACCAAAAUUGACCCGCUCCAAUUUGUUUAGUCGGGUUUUUGCUCUCGCAUCCCUAAUCCCAUUAAUAAUUGCCUUUUUUCACUUCCAUCUCUCUCUCUCUCUUCCGUCGGCCGUUUUCUCCGAACUGCGGCGACGAACGACAGAGCUGACCAAACCCUAUCUCUCACCACAAUGAACUGUUCAAUCUCCGGAGAAGUGCCGGAAGAGCCAGUGGUUUCGAGAGUUUCUGGGUUGCUGUUCGAGAAACGAUUAAUCGAGAGACAUAUAUCGGAUUAUGGAAAAUGCCCUAUUACUGGGGAGCCUUUAACUUUGGAUGACAUUGUUCCAAUUAAAAUCAGCAAGAUAGUGAAGCCGAGACCAGUACAAGCUGCAAGCAUCCCUGGGAUGCUUGGGAUCUUCCAGAAUGAAUGGGAUGGUUUGAUGCUAUCCAAUUUUGCAUUGGAGCAACAACUACAUACAGCAAGGCAAGAGCUAAGUCAUGCUCUCUACCAGCAUGAUGCUGCUUGCCGUGUCAUUGCAAGACUAAAGAAAGAGAGGGAUGAAGCAAGGUCCAUACUGGCACAGGCGGAAAGACAGAUACCCAUGUCAGCUUCAACAGUGCCUAGUGUUGACGCUUCUGCUUUCAGCAAUGGGAAAAGAGCUGCUGAUGAUGAGGAGAUGGGCUCUGGUGGCAAGAAAAUCCGUCCAGGAGUUUCUGCUAGCAUCAUUGCAGAGCUAACGGAUUGUAAUGCGGCACUUUCUCAACAGCGGAAAAAGCGGCAGAUCCCUCCAACAUUAGCUCCCCUUGAUGCUCUGGAGAGGUAUACCCAACUCAAUAGUUAUCCACUUCACAAAACCAGCAAACCUGGCAUUUUAUCUGCGGAUAUCCAUUACACCAAGGAUAUUAUUGCAACUGGUGGGAUUGAUAUGAAUGCUGUACUCUUUGAUCGACCUUCAGGGGAGAUCUUAUCGACACUUAGUGGUCAUUCGAAGAAGGUUACCAGUGUCAAAUUUGUAUCACAGGGUGAUUUGGUCGUCACUGGUUCAGCAGAUAAGACUGUUCGUGUAUGGCAAGGGUCAGAAAAUGGGAAUUAUGAUUGUAGGCACAUCUUGAAGGAUCAUACUGCAGAGGUGCAAGCUGUCACCAUCCAUGCGACCAAUAACUACUUUGUGACUGCUUCACUUGACAGUACAUGGUGCUUCUAUGAUAUUUCUUCUGGUUUAUGCAUCACACAGGUUCCUGAUGCUUCGGGGUCUGAUGGUUAUACAUCUGCUGCUUUUCAUCCCGAUGGUCUCAUCCUGGGAACAGGCACCUCAGGAGCACUCGUCAAAAUUUGGGAUGUAAAAAGUCAGGCAAAUGUUGCAAGAUUUGAUGGACAUGUUGGGGCAGUAACUGCCAUAUCUUUCUCAGAAAAUGGUUACUUCCUAGCGACUGCAGCUCAUGAUGGUGUUAAGCUGUGGGAUCUACGCAAAUUGAGGAACUUCCGGACCUUUACGCCAUAUGAUGAAGAUACACCAACACAAUCCGUUGAGUUCGACCAUAGCGGAAGUUACCUCGCAAUUGCUGGCUCAGACAUAAGGGUUUAUCAAGUUGCAAAUGUCAAGUCCGAAUGGAAUUGUAUCAAAACCUUUCCGGAUUUAUCUGGGACAGGCAGAGCAACCUGUAUAAAAUUUGGUCCAGAUGCGAAAUAUAUUGCAGUUGGAUCAAUGGAUCGUAACCUCCGUAUAUUUGGCCUGCCGGGGGAUGUUGGUGCAUCAGAGUUCUAGUGCCUUCACAUCCAUUGGAGAUGAAAGCAUACAAUAUUUAUUGUAGUUCUGGUUUUUUUUCCUUCACAGAAGAGGUGAGAGUUUACAUCAGAGUCUCGUAUUAGUUAUAUCCGAUUUCAAUAUAAUGGAGAGGGAAAGACAAUGAAGGGAAUUUGGUGCAACAUCCUAUGGUGGACAGAGCUGACCAAGUUGAGAAUUGAGGCAGUAGAAUUAGACUCACUAGUGCAAGUCCAUUUGUAUCAUAACAAUGUUUAGUCUAAUUUCUUCCCCUUCUUUUUAGGUCAAGUGAAUUUCUGUUGCAACUUGAUCUUGCGAUGGCAUUGUAGGAUUUACCAUACAACAACGGGUGAAUGAAAUACUUCUUUUAUACCCUUUUUUUUUUAACUUUAGGGUAAAUUUAUUCUAAAAAAUUAUAUUGACGUCCUCUUUGUAACUGUGGGGUUAACAAUUUGGUUUAGUUUUAUUGAAAUAACCUUUGUAUAAA